AUGGAUGUUGAAUAUAGUAUGAAGUUAACUCAAUUAUUUUCAUGUAAUGAAUCGGUUUACAAAGAUGGUGUUACUUAUUUUUUCUGUAGUGCUUGUAAAAUAGUAAUAAAAGAUGAAUUUUAUUUACGUGCUGGUUCAAAAAUUUAUCAUGAAUCAUGUUUACAAUGUGCUAUCUGUCAAAUAUCACUUAAUGAACGAUCAACAUGUUUUCUACGAGGUGUACAUAUUUUAUGUCCAAAGGAUUAUUAUAAAUAUUUUGUUAAUAAAUGUCCAAAAUGUGAUCGUUUUAUUUAUCCAAAUGAUUGGGUUCGACGCGCAUGUGAAUAUGUUUAUCAUUUAACUUGUUUUGCAUGUUAUACAUGUGGACGACAAUUAUCAACAGAUGAAGAAUAUGCUUUAAAAAAUGAUCAUAUUUUAUGUAAAAAUCAUGUUAUUGAAACAAAUCAAAACAAAUAUGAUGCAGCUAAUAAACAAAAUGAAAUCAAACGAAUUCGAACAGCAUUUACGAUAGAACAAUUACAUAUUUUACAAAAUAAUUUUACAACUGAUCCGAAUCCAGAUGGACAAGAUUUGGAAUGGAUUUCACAGAUUGCAGGUAUCAAGAAAUGA